GCGGCCGCAGCGGCGGUGGCGGCGGUCGGGCCUCAUCGCGGUCUGGCUUUGGCGGCGGCAGGGACGUCCGGCCGCGCCCAGGAGGCGCCAGGUCCCCGGAGCUGAACUCCGAUGUGUAGCAAUGGAUGACGAGAGCCUGGAUGAACUUGUGGCCCAGAGCCCAGGACCGGGUGAAUGCCAAGUAGGCCCCUUGGAAUUGGCAAGUGACGCUGAAGAAAGCAGUGAUGAGCACAGUGGAGACUCUGAGGAUGACACAGGCAGUGAGCAUGAAGAUGACACAGACGUGGAGGAUGAAGAAGGGCUCUCUGAAGAGGAGGACCUGGGAGACAGAUCAGGUUCUGAGGAUUCUGAAGAUGAUAUACAAACGUUAGUGGCGGCAGCAGAUGCUCGGGGGAAGCUGGAGCCCAGCGGUGCACUCAAUUCUGACGAUGAUGCAGAAAGCUGCCCCAUUUGCCUCAAUGCAUUCAGAGACCAGGCUCUGGGCACCCCAGAGACCUGCACCCACUACUUCUGCCUAGACUGUAUUGUCGAAUGGUCCAGGAAUGCCAAUUCCUGUCCAGUUGAUCGAACCAUAUUUAAAUGUAUUUGUAUACGAGCUGAGUUUGGUGGUAAAAUCUUAAAGAAGAUUCCAGUGGAAAACACCAGAGCCCAGGAGGAGGAAGAGGAAGACCCAACCUUCUGUGAAGUGUGUGGCAGGUGUGACCGUGAGGACCGGCUCCUGCUCUGUGAUGGCUGUGAUGCUGGGUACCACAUGGAGUGUUUGGAUCCUCCCCUUCAAGAAGUGCCUGUGGAUGAGUGGUUCUGUCCAGAGUGUGCUGCCCCUGGUGGUGUCCCUGCCAGUGAUAUAGUUCCUGUAAGCGAAGAAGAGGUCUCCCAGCUGCUGGCCGAUGUGGUGCCCACCACUGGCAGAUUGCGGCCUCAUACAGGCAGGACCCGAGCCAUUGCCAGGACGCGGCAGAGCGAGAGAGUGAGGGCCACUGUGAACCGGAACCGGAUCUCCACUGCCAGUAGGGUGCAGCACGUGCCCAGGUACCUCAUGUCUUCUCUGCUGGAUGAGACAAUUGAGGCCGUCGCAACUGGUCUGAGCACUGCUGUGUACCAGCGCCCUCUGACGCCACGCACUUCUGUUAAACGGAAAAGGAAGACCGGGAGACGGAAGAAGGUACUGGGAAGAAAGAAAACCCAGUCUAGAUCAUCAGUGAAAAGUAAGAAUGGACGUGUAAGAGCCAAGAAACGCCAAUACCACGUGAAAAAGAGAAAGGGGAAAAAGACAAAGAGUGACGUCACAGCUCGCGCUCGUAUAGCACGGACGCUGGGUCUCCGCAGGCCUGUGCGUGGCACCUGCGUGCCAUCAGUGUACAAGCCAGUAGACCCCUCGCUGGGGCUAAUGCGAGCAGAUAUCGGAGCAGCUUCCCUGUCCCUGUUUGGAGACCCCUACGAGCUGGACCCCUUUGACAGCAGUGAAGAGCCCUCCGCCGAGCCCCCUUCCCCUCUGAGUGUCAAGAGGAGGGCGCUGUCCCGCUCGGCCCUGCAGUCUCACCAGCCCGUGGCUAGGCCUGUCUCUAUGGGACUUCCCAGGAGACAGGUCCCUGCCGUGGCCCCAGAGCCUGGUGUGGAGGAAGCCCCGGUCCCUGACCUUCUGGGGAGCAUCCUGUCUGGCCAGAGCCUUCUGAUGAUGAGCAGCGCUGAUGUCAUCAUCCACCGGGACGGCUCUCUCAGUGCCAAGAGGGCAGCUCCCGUGUCCCUUCAGCGCACCAUUGUAGCUCCAUCUGGAAGGGAGGACGCGGCGAGAGCCAGGGAUGCUGAUGCUGUGCAGCCUGGCACGCCACCGUCAGGGUGCGCAGCCGGCGGACUCACCACCAGUGGCCAGCCACAGAGCUCUGGCCUAAGCUGCUGGGGCAGGUCGGCCCUGCAUCGCAGCCCUGCCCACACAGUGGGGGCACCUGUGAGGCCGGGCUCAUCUGCAAUCCCUGUGUCAGGCCACGCCCAGAAGCCACCAAACCAGAGUGGACCUAGACAGAGUGGCAAACUCUGCCUUAAUGGCACCAGUGCACAGGUCUUGCCUCUUGUUUCUGCCUCGUCUAAUAUCUCUACCGGUCAUUCGAACCCUCCAUCUAGAAGCACAACCCUUGGACAUACCCCAAAAGUAGUUCCCAGGAGAGCCAAUAUCUCAGAGCUGCCCAGGAUACCAAAGAUCCAAAGGGACAGCAGUGGCAGCAGACGGGACCCGGCCCGAGGUCAGAGCAUCGAGAUCCCCAGCACGUGCAUCAGUCGCCUGACAGGUAGAGAGGGCCCAGGGCAGCCAGGGCGAAACAGGGCAGAGAGCAAGCCAAGCAGCAGGGCCCCCCAGGAGCCCAGUUCACAAAUGGGCAGCUCCCGUUCCCACGGAAGCUUGGCCCCACUGGGGGCUUCAAGAGGGAAGGGCGUUGGGUCGACCUUCGAGAGCUUCCGGAUCAAUAUCCCAGGAAACACCGCACACUGUAACCAGGUGUCUAGCCCUGGCUUCUGUAAUACAUUCCGGCCUGUGGACAGCAAGGUGCAGAAGAAGGAGAAUCCUUCCCCUCUCUUCUCCAUCAAAAAGACAAAGCAGCUCAAGAGUGAGAUAUACGACCCCUUUGACCCCACUGGCUCUGACUCAAGCCCUCGAAGCAGCAGCCCUGAGAGUCUUGGCCCCAGCCUCCUGCCAUCUGAGAUCACAAGGACCAUCUCCAUCCAUAGCCCUAAGGCUCCCCCGUGCCAGGCUGUGCGCUGUGUCACCUCCUACAGGGUAGAUAGCGUCUUCGGGAGUGAACCAGAGCCAGACCCGCCUGGAGAGUCCACAUCUGGCACACUCAAGUUCCAGAGCGAGGGCCCUACCCAGGGGGCCUCUUACAUGGAAAGAGAAGGGCUAGAUGAGGAUCCCACAGAGCGUCGGAGUCCAGCCCUGCGGACGCAGCGGUCCUCCCUGGCAGACCCCUGGGACGACGACGAUGGAGUGUCCUGUGGCCCCUUCUUUGGCUCCGAGGAGCGGACGGUGACUUGUGUGACUGUCCUGGAACCAGAUGCUACGCCCAGCCCCCCUGUGCGGCAGGUGACCACCCACAGGGUUGUGGAGCUGCGGGCCCCGUCGCGCUCCCCGUCCACUUGCAGUUCCCGAGGUGGGAAGAAGGCCAAGAGAAAGAGGUCGGCCAGGGAGCACCGGAGGAUGCGCUCCAGUACCCGUUCUGGCUCCAGGGACAGGACUUCGCACUCAGCAUCACCUGUGGCUGAGGAGCAUGCCAGGAGGCACCGGGCCAAGGCCAAGGGCCGAAGAUCUUCCAGUGACCGUGCCAGCAGCCAGGAGAAAGCAAAGAGGAAGAAGGCCAAGGACAGGGAUAAAGAGUGGAGGCGGGGCUCUCGGGGCCGGAGCCGGAGGCAGUCCCAGUCCCGCUCUGUGAGCCCCAGCAGCUCCUCUGAGCGCAGGAGGAAGAGAAGGCGUCGCUCAGGGUCCAGGCCUCGUGGGAGGGAGUGCUCCCCUCCCAGCAGCCUCGAGAGGACCCGGAGGCACAAGCACCAGCAAGAGCGCAGCCGAGAGCGAGCCGAUAAGAAGGAGAGCUCAUCCCGGUCUCAAGAGAGGAGGCGGUGGAGAUCGCCAUCGCCCGGCUCGGAGCACAGGGCUCGGCAGCCUCGUCCGCACGAGAAGCCGCCUCGUUCCCCGGAGAGGAAGGACACUGGGAGGGAGGCUUCUCCCGCCCCCACUCCACAGCAGGAUGGAGACCACCCGGAAAUACUGCCGGCCGCAGCAGGAGUGGGUACCUUGCCAGAAGUGGUGCUGGCUGACCCGGACCCCUCUGCGGCGCCCCCUGCCCUGGAGGUGCCAGCCGAAUGCCCACUGGAGGAUGUGGAUUAUGGUGACUCUGUGGAGGCGGGCCACGUCUUUGAGGAUUUUUCAAACGAAGCCAUCUUUAUCCAGCUUGAUGACAUGAGCUCACCACCUUCCCCUGAAAGCACCGACUCCUCCCCAGAGCGAGACCUUCCACCAAAUCCUGCCCUGCCCCUGGCCAGCCAGCUGCAUGAUACCACCCUGGCAGCCAUCCAGAGGGAGGUGUCCCUCAUCCAUGAUGGCCUCUCACAGCCCACACCACCACCAGAGGGCCCCCCAGAACAGUGUCCACUCAGGCAGGGUGUGGCAGAGACGCUUGCCCCCACUCCCAGUGCCCUGGGUGUGGCCCCUGAGGUGAAGGAGGGUACCCCCUCACAGAAUGAGGGGGCUUGUGAGGUGGUCAGGCCCGAGGACGCUGUGGCACAGGCCCCGCUUUUGCGGUCCAGAGCUCUGGUGAAGAGAGUCACCUGGAACCUACAAGAGGCAGAAGGCGGCGUCCCAGCCCCGGACAGAGCCCCACGGACACUACUUCACAGACCUCAGGAAGGGACCUGGGAUGCGGAGGACGGGGCCCCUGCGGGGGCUCAGCAGGUGCUGUUCUCCCAGCUGCCCCCUCCUAGCCACAUGCUCCUGGAGACUGGGUUCCCUGACACAGACUCCUCUCAGGUUUACAGCCCAAACAUGCCUCCUGCUCCAGCAGCUCAGCCCGCAAGCAUCCUGCCCUACCCACUGGUCAGCCCGCCCCCGGUCCAGUUUAUCCUGCAGGGGAGUCUUCCUUUGGCAGGCUGUGGCCCAGUACAGGGCCUGGUCCCUGUACCCACCAUGUUAGCCACAGCCUCAGAGCUGGCUGGUCAAGCCACAACGGCCAAUAACUCAGAGGAGAGGACUGCCACUCCCAGGCCAUCUGCAGAGAAGACCAAGAAGGAAGAGUACAUGAAGAAGCUCCACAUGCAGGAGCGAGCAGUGGAGGAGGUGAAGCUGGCCAUCAAGCCCUUCUACCAGAAGAGGGAGGUGACCAAGGAGGAGUACAAGGACAUCCUGCGCAAAGCCGUCCAGAAGAUUUGCCACAGCAAGAGUGGGGAGAUCAACCCCGUGAAGGUGGCCAACUUGGUGAAGGCAUACGUGGACAAGUACAAGCACAUGCGUAGGCACAAGAAGGCGGAGGCUGGGGAGGAAGUGCCUGCCCAGGCCGAAGCCUGAGGCCAGGAGCGCUGGGCAGGGCCCCUGGGGACACUGCUGUGUUCUGUGUCUUCAGUGGCAAAGGUCUGGGACCACCAGCACUCCUGCCGCCAGGCUUCCAUGACGACACCUGUCUGCACCUGUCUUGCUCAUGGUUGAAAACUGGACUUUUUUUAUAUGUAUAUUAUAAAUACAAUGUUUCCAUUGUGUUCUAAUUUAUCAAAAGUGACUUACCUUGAGAAUCUU